AUGUACAGCGGUCAAGAAGAGCUUGACAAUCUUGUAUGGGAUAAGAACGAUGAAGACUCGGAUAAGUCACAGAAGCAGAUGCGACUUAAAACGAUUUGCCGCCAGGUAGAACGUCUCGCAAAGCAAAAGUUUAGGAAACCGGCAACUUUAGUAUCACCCUUGAUCAUCGGCGGCUUCAAUAUUCUAUACAGAUUACACCUUGAGGGAGUUACUCCCGACAUAAUAGUCCGACUCCCUUGUCCCAGCUUGGUCCAGUUCCCGGAUGAAAAAACAGAUCAUGAGGCUGCCACGGCAGCCUAUAUUUCGAACAAUACCGAGGUUCCUACUCCUCAAGUAUUCUUUUCUGGUCGGGAUUCCACCUUAGGGCCAUUUGUCAUCAUGCAAUACAUCGAAAAUCACGGGAGCAUGUCAGCUAGACUGAAGACGCCUAACGACGACCUUAGCGUUACUCAUGUUUUAAAUCCUAGUAUUGCGGAGAAUACGCUUGAAAGUCUCUGGGGCCAGACAGCACGCUGCUACCUACAGCUAUCUCGACUAAGUUUUCCUCGGAUUGGGUCUUUAGUUGAGGUGGAUGGCUCCUACAACGUGGCUGGGCGACCUAUUACCCAUAAUAUGACUGAUAUGGUCCGUCUUGCUAAUAUUCCCCGCGCAGUCCUUCCCCAGGAGGGUAAGACUUACAGGACUGCAGACGAAUGGUAUAUCGCAUUAGCAGAGAUGAAUAUAGCACAACUCAUCUUCCAACACAAUGAUUCAGUGGUAUCAGAGGACGACUGCCGAAAUAAGUACGUAGCGCGCCAAAUCUUUUAUAGGUUAGCUAAGCAAGGUCGAGUGUCCACUUUUGGGUUUGCGGAGGAUGACUGGUCUGCCCAGUCGUCCAAGAAGAUAAUGCCUUCCAACCUUUCCCCGGCCCCAGCGGGGUCCAACUCUUUUCGACUUUGGGGUGACGAACUUCGGGCAGGCAAUAUACUUAUAGAUGGCUCGGACAAUAUAGCCGCUAUCAUCGACUGGGAGUUCGCAUAUGCCGCGCCUACACAGUUUAUUCUCGACCCGCCCUGGUGGCUGCUCCUCAACUUGGCAGAGACAUGGUCUUCCGGCAUUGAUAACUGGAGAGAGAGAUACGAGCCACGCCUAAAGACCUGGCUAUCCGCUAUGGAACGAGCCGAGGAAAGCAUGGAGGAACCCGGUCCUCUACCGGUUGCGUUGUCCACUUACAUGCGAGAAAGCUGGGAAACCAGCCGGUUCUGGCUUAACUAUGGCGCAAGAAAGAGCUGGGCUUUCGAUACUGUGUAUUGGAGAUUCCUGGACGAGAGAUUUUUCGGCGACCGGGGAAGCAACAUCGCUGAAGAUGAUUUGUGGAAGACUAGAAUACACUUGUUGAGUAAGGCGGAGAGGUAG